AUGGAGAAGCAGUCCAAAACGGAAGGUGGAAAGGCCACCAAAGAGGACAUCUACAAGAACUACAUGGAUGAGCUGAAUGUUGUUCCCUCCAUGUUGCAGAACAAGAACCUGGAUUCAUUCGCAUCGAAUUCUACGAUCGAUGAAAAUAAAUUAAUGAGCGUAAAUGAUCUGUGUAACCUUUACUUGGAUCGAAACCCCGACAAGGGAAACAGCAAGCGGGUGGCGGAUGCACACAUGGAGGAGGAGGACGACGAGGAGGAGGGGAACGGAGAGCCAAAACACAUGAGCUUUCCCGACAUUAUGCGAAACAACCCCAUGAUGGAAUUUUUAAAUACACCAAUCGUUAGUGACAACGGAGGGUCAAUCACAACCAACAACUGCUUCAGCGAAGGGAGGAAAGUAUCCCUUCCUAGUGAACCUUCCCCGAGUCAUCAGAUCGACAUGGAGGAGCAUAACCCACAUGUGGAGGACGGGAACAAAACGAACGGGGCAACCUCCCCCCACACAAACGACUUUCACCUUACUCACAUGAACGCAGAACUGAGUGCGAAGGACGUAACAGAAGAAGGAUGGAAUGAAUGUAACCUCUUUUUUUACAAAGACAGCCCGAAUUAUCCACAACAUAAUGUGCAGGAGGAUCACCUUUGUGGAGCUUCCAAUGGUCCAUAUAAGGAUGAGAAAAAUUGCUUCCACAGAAAUGGAAUUUCCCCCCACUGUGGUGAACAGAACGAAAUGGUUUCCCAAUCGGAGGUCAACAACGGUUACAACUAUGCAUUCAUUAAGCGUUACUUAGAACAAAUGAUGAACAAGCCAGGAGGGAUAAAGAAGGAGGAAUUCAACUCGGAUGAGAAAACAUUUGACGUGAACAGCUAUUUGGGGAAUGGUUACCUUCCGAAGGGUGAUGCGUUGCAGGUUCAUCCAUACGGUGAACCCGUCUUCGGCAACGAUAAUGCACACACGAUUGUGCAGACGAAUGUGCAGUCGAAUAUGCUUUCGCAUGUGGAGGACCCCGAGACCCUCCCCAAUGGGGACACCCACAAGAAUAGUUCCACCACCUGUAACGAAUUGAAUAAUUAUGCCAAUGCUAGCAAUGGGGAACCCCCAAAUGAGGGGUUCAACAGGGAAGUCAAACACUGCAUGGGUAACUGCAACUACGAUUUGGCUAGCCACUCAGAAGGUAGGAACACUGUCCCAAAUGAGGACAGUAACCAUUUAUCCGUAGAGACGCAAAACCAAUCCAAGGGUGAAGAGCAAAACCCAGAUCAUGCCUUUAAAAAUAUUGCAAUGAAGAUUCAUCACUACUUAAGGAAUUACAGCAGGAAGAUGAUAUCCCAGGAGGGGAAGCAGCUCCAUGCUGGGUCUACUCAUGGCAUAACCCAAGGGAGCGGCAACCAGUGCACCACUAUGCCCACUACCAAUGCGGACACUUCCAUCUCCACCUGUGUUGGCACCCCCCUCAGCAACCAUAUGCACGUUUACCCCGUCUAUAUGAACAACCCCUUCGGUAGCUGCCCGGUGAAGGACAAAGCAACCCUACAGAAAAGCAUCAAAAUAACUGUCCCGUUAUUCCUCCUCUACAUCACUAAUGCAUAUGCUCCUGGGAACGUGAAUGAAAGGAACAGCAACAGUGCACAUGCAAUACGUCGGAAGAAGCUGAAAAAGAAAAUAAUUAACGAAAUAAUUUAUGGAUUUACCUACGCAGAUGCAGAUAAAUACGUAGAGCAGCUUCUAUGCAAUAUAAAAAAGUGUUUCAUUCAAGUGUUGGAUUAUCUGAAGGAGUACAACCCCCAGUGGGUCUGCAACAACAAUGGGGAUGGUUACUUCUUUCACUUCAGGAAAAUUAUGGCCAUUAACAGUUCCUAUGUGGACGUCCAUUCGAUUGUCCACCACGCUAGGGUGCUCACCAGCAUGAGGAAGAAGAAGUGGACCCAUGGGUUGGUAAAAGGUGCUGUGGUGAGGAGCACCCUUGGGAGGAGCAAUAUAUCACGUAAGGUUGCCGUCCGAAGUGGGAAUGGAAAAAUCAUCCCCUUUGCAAAUGCACUGCUACCUAAUGCGACCAACGCCAUGACAGUGAAGGAAGAAAAUGACGCAUCUAGUAGGGGCAACCUCUACGAAGGUAUAAACGAUUGUGGGUUCAAUGAACCCAUGGAUCAUCACGUAGAGAGGCACCACUGGCUAGGGCUAGGUAGAUCCUUGAAGAGAAAACACAGCCUCGGGGAGGAAAAAAACAUGCAUGGAUAUACCCACAAGCAAAUCAAAACAGACACCAUAUCUACCGACGAAAAUUGUACCAAUAACGAGGUAAAGAUGAAUGAGCAUUCUUUUGUAGUUGGUGGGAUCGAUCCAGUCAGGCUGAACGAAUCUGAGUAUGUAACUCAGCAAGGUCAGUACGACCUUAACGAGAUGGCUUCCAAGGAGGUGGACGGUCUUCUCUGCAGGGAAGACAUAAACGACAUGAACGACAUGGAGGACAAAAUUUACUACGCACCAAGUGACAUGCGGACGAGCAUCGAAACGGUGGUUAAUGAAAGUGGGCAGCCAGACAAAUACAAGUACCAAUACAAGGACGAUGAUAAGUUUGGAUUGAAGCAAUACUCUGAUGAUGAUGAUGAUGAUGAUGGGGAGGAGAACGACGAAGGGGUCGACACCACCCUCAAUGGGGAUAACUCUCCUUUGGAGGGACCUCCCCUCGAUGGGAUAAACCCAGAAGACCCAUUCAACAUUAACGGUAGCCACCAUGUAGGGAAAACCGACCAGGAUUCGAAGAAAGAAAAGGCACAACACCUGGAAGGGUCAACAAAAAAGGAGGAAGCGUCCAAUGGGGAGGAUUCUAAUGGAGAUUCCCAUCAGGAGCAGCAGCUCACUACCCCCAUUGUUGGAAGUAAGAUAAUUGACAGCAAGGAAACGGAGGACGACACAGGCCCUACUUCCGACGUUGCUUUUAGUCCAAAGAACGAACACAAUGGUAUCAUCGGCUGUGGGGACGGAUUCCAUUUACAGUCGAGCGUAACUCCCGGAGUAGGGGGUUCCCCCAGUGAAGAAACCUGCAACCCCCUGAACGUCCACCCCACUAUGUAUCAUGAAUCUGCCAUGUUUAACGAUCAAUGCGUCAGUGUAUCUGCGAACGAAAUAUUAAAAUCGAAUGAGGGGAAAACAACUACAUCUAACAAGUUCAUUUCUGAGGAGUAUGAUUCUGUUUCUCCAGCUAGCCAUUUUUCGAACCGCUUGCCCCUGCAUCUAGGAAAGGCGAGACAUCCCCACGGAAGUGAUAUGAUUCAUGAGACAAACUCGCAUGAUAACCACCAUGGAGGGAACACCCACGUGGCAGAACCAGAAAAGGGGAACCGAAGGUCGAAGAAGCAACCCGCUUCCUUGAACAACUCCAUAAUGCAUUUAAAUAUAAAAAAAAAAAAAAAAAAAAAAAUCAUCACCCACUAUUUGAACCAAGUAAUGAACACACUCUUCUGUCACGACCUUUUUAAUUACGCAGUUAUCUUUACGCCUAUCCUGAAAAAUUUAGGGGUUCUGUCUUCCUUGAGUGCAUGCACAGUGAACAACGUUAUUUUGAGACUAGAGAAUUUUAAGUUAAUCGAAGUGGAAAAGGGGAACCUUAUGCUGAAGAGGAGGAACAUGCUUGUGCGUGGUGAAUUUUUUCAUACGAAUGUGAAGGAUGAUUGCUUCUCUAGUUGCUCACCAGGCAGGUGUCUUUUCAACGCAACGAGCAAUACAAAUGGGGGGAUUGGUGGCAUGUGUGCGAAUGAAGCAAUCCUUGGAGGUGGAGAAGACAAAGCGGUACAAUACCUACAGGGAAUGAUGGAGAAGGGGGGUCAAAAAGGAAUCGUCACCGAGGAAACGAUGAGAAAAUUAAGUUUCGCUCAUCAUGGGGAGGUGCCCUGUUCGGGAGUAGUUUAUCCAGGGGGGCACUCUACCCCGUUUGGUGUGUCCAGUGCUCCUCAUAACAAUUUGCAUAACUGCAUUGGUGGCAAUCAGGAUGACCCCACCGCGAAUUAUCCUCACACGAAAGGAGAAGCCGUAGACACCUGUACCAGUGGCGAUAGCGUGUGCAAAAACCAACUAAUGGAGUUCAUCCGGGAGGUUCUAAUUCAGCAUGGUGCAUACAUAAACCAGAGCGUGGAACUGAAUUCAAAUGACAACGGUCUCUCCUCAGGGGAAGCACCAAACGAUGGCAGUCACGAGGACAGAGGGAAUGGUGACGAGGGAAGCUGCAGUGCUACAGAAAACGACGUCAGUGGGGUCAGUGAAAAAAUGCAAAAUAAUGAAUCGGAAAGAACCAACGGUGUGAAUGAACAACUCCCCUUCGAUGAUAGUUCACCCUCACUACAAACAGAAGCGAAGAAACCAAGCAGGUUCAAUUUUAUCGGAGAGAAAACUCACGAUAGGAUACACUCAGAUGCAAGUAACGUGGGGAAAAACAAUCCCAAUGGAAGCAUUCUUAACCAGGAGAAGUUUUUAAAUUUGUUGAAGUGGUAUUUACCAAUUAAGGUUGGUGGUGGUUGUGAUAAGUCUUCCAGCUGCAUAUCGCAUGUGGGCGGACAGUCACAUCUGUGCGAUGGAGAAGGACCAGGGGGUAACAUUUUCUUCAACGCAGGGAACACGUGCAACCAUGCCCCCCCCUGCAUUGACAGCUCCAAAAUGGUUGACGCCAGCAAGUCCGUGGAAGACAUUAAGGCGCUCCAUUAUGGGGCAUUCCCCUACGGGAGCGUCCCCAAUGUGUAUACCACCGGAAAUAACAAUCUCGGGGCAAAUAUUCUCCAAGCACAGGGUGCACUACAUCGGUGCAAACCCUCCGAUGGGGAAGAAACAGGCAAUGAAAUUACCACCGUGAUGAAUAGAACCUGUGGAGUGCACCCAUUCAACGGGUGGAACGGUGCCAAUCUGUUGCAUAACUGCCAUGAGUGUAAGGGUAACCUUUGCAUGCAUGCUAACCAUCCCAAGUGUUCCCUCAUGUGUACUUCUCACAUGUGCAACGGAAUUACCCACAACCACCUCUGCGGGGGGAAGAUGAAAAUGGCUAGCAUCUUAAAUGAGAAAGGGGUUAAAAGUAGUACCGUCAGUGAACCCAAUGCAGGUGAAAAUAACAACAAGGGAAGCAAUGCAUGUGCAGGAGGAGGAGAGUUAGAAAAAAAAUUUCUCAGCUUAAUUAAAUCAGGGGAACUGAACUUGGAAGGUUUGCCUUAUGAGAAACUCUUGUUUGGUUCGAAGAUGCUGGAUGGGACAAAUGAUUCCACAGCGUUUAGGCAUCCCAUGGGAGAUAACAAUAAUUUGUAUGGAGGUGAGCACCAUCGGGAUGCAACACAUGGUGGGGUCAGUAAUCCGUUCAACGGUUUCUGUCAUGAGGUGAAGAACCCACUAGGGGGAAAGGGCAACGGCAUCGAUCCAUGUAACCAUCUGGCCCAACAGUUGGUAAAUAAGAACGACGGACAGGUAGUUAAGGAAGAGGACAUAAAGGAAGGACAAUUACAAGGAGAAGAGAACCUCCUAAGAAUGAACGGUAAUCCAUGCCCUGAUGUGAAGCUUGCAUAUGACAGUUUGGUCGACGCAGCAAGCACGAACUACACCAACUGUGGUGCAUACAAAAGUGGCUUAAUGUCUACCAUAGGAAACGCCUCAACAUGCACGCAACAGACGAACAACAACAACCGGGGUAAUCAACUGUGGAAGCUUUACCAACUGUAUGGUCUACUGGAGAAGGAGAAGAACGGCACUACUGCAGAGGAUAAGAUCUAUACCGACAUGCAGAACGAAUUGAAAAAGUAUCUUCCCAAGAAUGAUUCCCUCUUUUCCAAAGGGAAGGUUGCCAAGCUUCUGUUCCCUUGUGAUAGUGUGGGAACUAACAACGGGUGUGAGGAGGAAGGUUCAAGUGGGAACAAGCUCCUUAACGAUAACUCCAGGUUGUUGUAUGAGCAACAGUUGUACUUGCUGAACAGCCAAAUUAUACAUCCCAGGAGGGACAAAAUGCAGUUCGCAUCGUCUAUGGAGGAAGGGAUGUACCAGGAUAACCACAGGACCUACAAAAACCUCUUCUUAAAUGAAGAACAAAAUGACAGAAAUGAAGGAACCAUGUUGUUCCACGAUGGCAAUGAUAAAACGAACAAAAUGAAUGAGGAAAAAAUGAAGAACUACCUGUCGUCGCUAUGCAACCCGAUCGUUUACAAAUGUGGGUUCUAUCCAAAUGAGGGUUCUAACCAUAACGGGGCACAGAGCAGUGGUGGAAGUGGGAAUAUCCCAUUCAACAGUAUUAAUCACAUGAACAGAUGCACAGAUUCAAGGAGAAGCAGUAACCUCUGUGACUACAUCAAUAGCUUUACCUACACCAAUCCGAACGAGAACUGCAGUGAUAAUGUUAGCCACGUAGACGACUUGGGUAAGUUCCUCCUCGUGCCAGAACACAGCAAUAGUAGGAAUGCCAGUGGGGCUAGUGACAGAGGUGACAAGGGUGAUACAGGUAGCAGGAUGGUUGUUAGACGUGGCAGUGCCCACCAUGGACUACGUCAUCACAACAGCGGUAAGCGUGGGCACCACCGCCUCGGGGGAGGAAGUGCCACCAAAGGAAGCAGUCACAGUAAGAGCUUCUCCCAUUUGUAUAAAGACGUAGUUACCCCGCUCGAUCACAGGAAAAACAAACUGUGCAACAAACACAUGAGUAAUUCGGUGGGUCUCUUUAACGGAAGGAACAACACAGACGAUAUGAUCCUUCAUGGGUACCUAACCAGGAAGAGAAGAGAAGAAAUGACAGACAACAUAACGAAAAAAAGGGCACUCAUAAGGAAAAUAAAAAAUGCAGAAAAAAUAACUGACGAGGAGAUAAAUAAACGUCUCAUGAAGUUGUCUGGAGAUCCCACAGAAAUAAAGUUUCUAAAAAAGUAUUACGCCCAAGGUGGGGAUAAGGACAACGGCGCCAACAGUGACGAGGAUGACAACGAUGACAACGGUGAUGGAAGCCGUGGUGGUGUUACCUUAGACGAUCCGAACGAUCAUAAUCUUAGUGGGAAAAAAAAGAUGCACAUGAAAAAUGUAUACCACAGUGGAAAUGGGGUAAAGUCCGGAAGGCACAAGGAGAUGAAGGGGGGAAACACUGCCGGAUGUGGUGUUAACCAGGAAGACGAUGAAAACGUUAGCAGUGUUGAGUCGACAAAGGUAGGUUUGAAAGGUGAGCGAGGAAAGAAUGUGAAUUUUUUUCUAAACAAUUUUACGGUGGAGUAUGGAAGAGGAAGGAGAAACAAAAUGGCCAAUCAGAACUAUAUGAAAAACUAUGAACUGGAGAGUAGGUAUUAUGGAAGGAGGGAUUCAUCUACUGGUGGGGGGGGGGAAACAGGAAUAAAUGGUAGCGGCAACACCAAUGGAAAGGCAACACCCAACAUGGGUACUGAUCAUAGGAAUGGAAAACUCAAUGGUGUAUGUUACAUUAAUAGCGGAAGGAGUCACAAUAAAGAUAAGACAAAAUUGCACCUAGACACAACAGGGACAACCCCCGUUGGUAGAGGAAACAACGCCGCUGGGAAGGGAGGAGUCGGAUCCCGUAGAAUGAACACCAAGGUGAGGAACAACGCAGCAGUAGAUUCGAAUGAAAACUACGAAUAUAGAAUGUCAGCAUCGGAACUGAAGCCACAGAGAGGAGUCUACUUCGAUCGAUCACAAAAGGCAUGGAUAGGCAGUUGGUACGAGGAAGGAAAACAAAUUAAGAGAAGGUUUAAAAUAAAAUACUAUGGUUGGGAUGAAGCGCGUAAUUUAGCUACCAAGGCUAGGUUCGCUUUUGAAAAUAGGACCAAACAUACAAAGGGCGCCGGAAAAAAAGGUGCCUGUGCUGCGGGGGCGUCGAAUCUCGCAGCUACUGCCAAUUGUGGUGUAUCCAAUGAAGCUACUUUAGGCGGAGUGAACAACGAUGGGACGGAGGCAGUCAAUGUGGAUGCCUCCGGAGGGUAUGCACGCACAGGGGGGAAGAAGGAAGAAGACGGAACAAACGUGCAUAACAAUGGGACGAAUGAAGACGGGGGUAACCAUUUCGAAUGCGGUAACUACGCAGACGGAACGAACAGGAGAAUCAUGUCGAGAAGGGGUGGAGGCACAUACCUACGGAGCACGAAUGAGGACCACGCAGUGGACUCGAAUAACGCUCCUACGAACAAGCGGGAUGGAAGACGAGGGGGGACCACCAUACACACAGCCAAUAGCAACAGCGGAAGGACACAUAAAAUGGAAGAAGAAAACAAUCCCCUAAAUGGAAAGGCAAUCACUGCAGCGGCAGCAGAGGAGGAGGAUAAUGACGAUGAGGAGGAGGAGGAGGACGUUCUCCCAACAGGGAAACAGAAAAAAUUAAGAACCAAUAACAACCCACGCGAUGGGAGCAACAAUAAUGGUGCUUGCCCCUCUACCAAGAACAGUACCCUAGUCCCACUGGGGGAGGGUAAAAAGAACGAAAAGGGUGGUGGUGUCCCCUACGCAGAUGCCAUGAAAUACGAAACAGGGGGAAGGGAAAAGUAUCCUUUUGAGCAACACCAAGUAAAUUAUGAGGAGUACCACCCUGCUUAUGAUAAGAAGCGGAAUGUAGGAAGCCACAAAGGUGACGUCCGAGGUGGAGCGUGCAAGAAUGAAGGUACUACCUACGAUGGUUAUGGGGGGAAGUACGUGAGCGAGUUUAAAGGGGGUGAGAUUGACAUUUUUAGAGACUGGAAUGAGUUUCAUCGGGCAGGUGGCGGUAGGUAUGAAAGUGCAUCCCGGGGGGAAUAUGCACUAAGCGGGAUGAGCAGUGUCAACGGAAUGAACGAUCUGGGUGGAGGCAGAGGCAAGGGAAGGCACCUAUCCCAGGGGAGUACCCUCCGUCAUUAUGAUGAUUAUUAUGUGAAGGGUGGUUACCCCGAUGGGAAGGCCACCGCAGAACGCGUAGAACACGCAGAACACGCAACGGAGGAGGAAGAUGUGCCGAAGAAAAAAAACGAAAAUGAGCAGUAUGCCAGUUGUAUUAACGGAGGAAGGAGAAAAAUGAAUAGCAAUGUGAAUUCCGCGAGGAACCCUCACCAGGACGACGAUAACGAUGAUGAAGACGAGGAAGACAUGAACUACGAUUACUGCAAUCCGGUAGGGACAACCAGAAAAGAACGAACAAACAGAGAAAACCCUCUACCUGCAAUAGAGCAUAAAGGUAAGAACAGCUAUACAAAGUACCCAACAGGAAAAACAGCAGACAAUGUAAUUACAUACGCAAAGUCAAAUAAUAAAAAGUCCAAUGACACGAAUCAACACCAGAUAGACAGCUCAGUUAUUCUCCCCCAGGGGGUGUUUUACCAAGACUCAAAGAAGGCCUUCUGUGCGAAUUGGUACUCUAAUGGAAAGCAGGAGAAAAGAUAUUUUUCCAUUAACAAAUUUGGUGAAGAGAGAGCGAGAAAUCUAGCUAUUGCUGCGAGGAAGAAAUUUGAGCACGUUUACAAGAAGAAUAACCAUGUGGGUAAAAAGGAUGGACACCAUAAUUGUAGUAUGAUGAAAACAGAACCAGGUAACGAUAUAACUGGAUUGGAUAACUAUGACCUAUUAGAAAAUUUGCACCAGAGUAAUAAACACAACUAUGCUAACCAUGGGGGGAAGGGAGGCCCUACGCACACGGGGAAGGCCACGGAAGCGGUGAAGGCGGCGUUGAUGGCAGUAACAGGGAUGAAUAAUCUAAACCUAAACCAAGGGGGCAAGAGUGGCGUAGGGCACAAUAGCAUAAACGACCCCAAUCAUCAUGAGGUUGUCACUGUUGAUGUGAAGAAUGCACUUAUGAAUAAUGGAGGAAACGAAAAAUCGAUCGGAGGUGGACCCACGAUUAGUAACGACGAUCUGCAUUACGUGCAAAAUGGUUACAUCAAUGGGAGGAACUACUCCAAGUGUAAGGAGAGCAAUCUAUAUGCAGAAGACCUCUACAGGGGCCACCUCUGUACAGGUGAUCCCAUAACAGAUGCAGUGUAUAAAAACCUCAUGUCAGUAACUCCCCCAAGUGAAAGCAUCCUAAUGAACAUUUGCAACACGACAAACAACAACACAGGAAAGGAAAACAUCAAACUUGUGAGUAGCCCCGUUGGGAGCAAUAGCACCACCGAUAUGGUAAAUAAUAACCUGACCGAUUGUGUAAGCAAUGGAAGAGGGGUAGGGGGAACCAACUUCGAGGGAGAAGGUCCCCAAAACGAAGCAGACAUGAGUGUGAGCGCGCCCUUAAGUAACAUAGCUACCGGAGGAGAAAACAAUCCAAAGGAUAACGAAGGUGAAGACCCUGACCCGAAUGGACUACACAACGGAAAUGGCAUUGACAAUUCCCUCCUCGGAACCAACAUGGGAAGCAGUGUCAACAUCGGUGUCAGUCCCCCAUUCAGAAAUAACAACCUUUUUAUUGGCCCAAACGAUGUGUGCAUCCCAGGUGUAGAGGAGCAAAACGGGGAAAACCUCUACACAGGGAUGGCCAGCAAAACAAACGAGAUGCACCUCUACGCCGCAGCAAAUGAGAACCUCACUAAAGGAUUAACAAACGAAGAGGUUAAUCCUGUUGGUGUCCCCUUCGACCCCAACGCAGGGGAUUUUUCCACCCCGGAUUAUUACAGUGGCAACAAACAAGGAACGAAAAAUCAGUUCACCAGAAGCAUCAAAAAGGAGAUCGACGAUAUGGGCAUGUACAGCAAGUUGGAAAAACUGGACAAAAUGGAAAAACUAGACAAAAUGGAUAAAAUGGACAAGUCGAACUCCACCCCUGCGGGGGUUUACAUGAUCAGGAUCAACGGCAUUGUGCAAGCGUGGAGGGCCGAGUGGAGAAGCCCCAGUGGGUGUAAACGCACGAAGAACUUCGGAAUCAACACCUAUGGCACCACCUUGAGCAAAAAACUAGCCAUCGAAAUGCGGGCCAGGAUGACUGGCGAGUGUCUCGUAUCGGACGACGGAACUGUCUUUGACUACACGAAUAAGAAGACCCCCAAGGGCUCCACCCGCGAUUAG